CCGAGUGGUGCACUCCGGCUACAAGCAACCCUCAAGCAGCGAGACAUGGCUUUCAAGAGCGUGCUGGUGGUCGCGGUGUGCGUGGUGGCGGCGGCGAGGGCCGGGGUCCUGCCCGUCGCGCGGGCGGCGCUGCCCCUGCCCGUGGCGGUCGACACGCACUACGACCCCAACCCGCAGUACACCUUCGCCUACAACAUCCAGGACGCGCUGACCGGCGACCACAAGUCGCAGCAGGAGACGCGCAGCGGCGACGUGGUGCAGGGCAGCUACAGCCUCGUCGAGCCCGACGGCAACGUGAGGACCGUGCUGUACGCCGCGGACCCCAUCAACGGCUUCAACGCCGUCGUGCAGAGAGGACCUCUAGUGCACGCCAAGGCCGUCAAAGUCUUCUAGGAAGAUCGCCGCCACCGACCCGCUUCUUACUGCGGCAUGCCUUUUUGCCAUGUCUGUGCUACCACUCAUAUUACCCUCACCCUAUAACUAUUUAUAAUUUUUUAUACAAAAGAAAUAAAGUUUUUUAGUUUGA